GCAGCUACGAGGACUUUCUGGAGCGAGACAUUCAGAUGUUAGCCACCCUCCGCCAGCGUGAGCAGAACUGCACGGACUGGGCCCGGGGGGAUUUGUGGUUGGAAGAGGACACCAGCUCGGUCUACAGCAGCAAGUCGGCGGAAUGUGAUGCCAUCACCAUUGCGUUGAGUGACAAGUUGAAGGAAUGCCUGGCCAUGGAAGUGCAGCUCUCGUACGACAGCAGCUUCACAAUCGACAGCUACCAGGACUACUCUCAGCCCUCUACUGACAACCUCACUCAUUACUAUGACCCAGUGACUCAAACCAAUUGUUCCUUGGUGCCAGCGUGUUCAAACGGUGGUCAGGUGCUUUGA